UCCAGAAUACUGCUAGUACAUUGCUGAUUGAUAAUUAAGAAUACUGAACUUCCAGAAAGUUGAGCAGUUGACUAUAGGAAUUGGGCGUCUAUUAUAAUUGUUAUACACAAAACAUAUUAAACUUUCUUUGCAUCUUUGAAACAGAAGACAAUGGCAAAACCCACAAAGCUAUUCAGCUGGUGUUCUCUGCUAAUGGCAAUCAUGUUUGGUUUUUCUUCAUCUGUCCAGUUGAAUGAUCCUGAUUGGUUCUUCUGGUUUCCCCUCUAUGCUUGUGCUUGUGUUGUUAAUCUGGUAAAUUGGAGAAACUCCAGUAAAGGAGCGAUCAGGCAUAUCGCAAAAGUAGCACUGUUUCUUGCAGUGUUCUUGUUUGUUAAGGUUGUGAUUGAAGAUUCUUUGACUAAGAUAGCAGGAUUCUGGUCAUUAGAUUUGACUGAGAGGGUUGUUAGGGAGAAAACUGGUAGUGCCUUGGUUAUCAUCUCUAUGAUUUUGCAUCUCAAAGCUAUAUCAGACCCAACAGAUCUCAAGCAAAGGAAGAAGAAGAACAAAAUUGGAAGACUUGUUGAAUAUGGAAUGGCAUUCGUGGUGGCUUUCAGCUACGGGCUUCCCUUCGUCUUCUUUGUGGUUCAGAAAGGGGAAAUGAGGUUUUGAACAACAGCUAUGGAUGGACCAGAAUUCCUUGUCCUGCCUGGAAUCUACGAGAUAACUUACACCAACACACCAUAGUUGAUCAUACUAACUUCUAGCAUUUUGGUAAUGCAAAUCCUGUAACAUUUUUGUGACAGAUAUCAGAUAUGUCAGAAUAAAGAAGAAUGAGGAGCAGUCGUCCCUGUUUCUGUUCGUUUGUGGAGAAAAUUUGUACAUGACCCACUUCGGAAAAUUGAAAGUUUCGACAUGUCUGUAAUGACAUAUCUUGUCUAGUCAUGUCUUUUUUAAUCGGUCAGUUUCUGACAUUACACAAACAUGUGACAAUUACUGCUCAAACUUUUGGUGCAAUGCAAUGGAGAAUAAAUUUUAUACAUGGGAGAACAAACUAGAGAGAAUGUCACAAAUAAUGCACUAAUACCAAAAAGA